AUGCUUAGCGUCACAAAGGGACAGCUGAAAUUUCUGGGAUACACAAUAAGAAAAGAACAAUGUAAUAUCUAUCUAUCUAUCUAUCUGUUUGUCGGUCUGUUGGAGUCUGUUCCUAUCUAUCUAUCUAUCUAUCUAUCUAUCUAUCUAUCUAUCUAUCUGUUUGUCGGUCUGCUGCAGUCUGUUCCUAUCUAUCUAUCUAUCUAUCUAUCUAUCUGUUUGUCGGUCUGUUGCAGUCUGUUCCUAUCUAUCUAUCUGUUUGUCGGUCUGCUGCAGUCUGUUCCUAUCUAUCUAUCUAUCUAUCUAUCUAUCUAUCUAUCUAUCUAUCUAUCUAUUUGUCGGUCUGCUGCAGUCUGUUCCUAUCUAUCUACCUAUCUAUCUAUUUGUCGGUCUGCUGCAGUCUGUUCCUAUCUAUCUAUCUAUCUAUCUAUCUAUCUGUUUGUCGGUCUGCUGCAGUCUGUUCCUAUCUAUCUAUCUAUCUAUCUGUUUGUCAGUCUGUUGCAGUCUGUUCCUAUCUAUCUAUCUAUCUAUUCAUUUCUAUUUAUCUAUCACAGACUGUUCCUAUCUGUUUAUCUAUCCAUCUCUGUUUGCCACCGUCUAUUCUUAUCUAUCUAUCUAUCUAUCUAUCUAUCUAUCUAUCUAUCUAUCUAUCUAUCUGUCUGUCUGUCUGUCUGUCUGUCACAGUGUGUUCCUAAAUAUCUAUUUGUCUGUCUGUCACAAUCUGUCCCAUCUAUCUAUCUAUCUAUCUAUCUAUCUAUCUAUCUAUCUAUCUAUCUAUUUAUGUAUCUCUUUGUCUGUCACAGUCUGUUCAUAUCUAUCUAUCUGCCUCUUACAGUCUGUUCCUAUCUAUCUGUCAUAGUCUGUUCUGAUCUAUCUAUCUAUCUAUCUAUGUAUCUAUCUAUCACAGUGUGUUCCUAUCUAUCUAUCUAUCUUGGUUUGUUCUUAUCUAUCUGUCUUUCUGCCAACCAUCAUAUUUUUGUCCUUCAUUCUCUUUCAAAUACUACCUUCUUUUUUCAUUCACUAUUCUUUUUUUUUUUCUUUCAUUCUUUCCACAUUGCUUGGUUUAUCGAUGAUUUCUCUCAUCAGAUCAUACCCUUCCUAUCUAAAUAA